AGCAGUACAGUGGUGCCUAACCUGACCUUCAAGGAGCGAUUGAGUGGCCUAACCCGAUCAUCGAUAAGCGGUAGCGUGACCUAGGCAGAAGGAUGACCUCGCCCCUGAUGUUCUUUCGAGCGGUGCCGGUGGCCCUGAUCCGGCUGCUGCUGCUGGUGGUGAUCCGGGAGGCUGGUGAACACGUCUACGACGCCUCCGCCAGGCUCAUUGACCAGUACGACUUUGUCGUCGUUGGUGGCGGAUCUGCAGGCUGCGCCGUCGCUACGCGGUUGGCGGAGAUCGGGAAAUGGAAGGUGCUCCUGCUGGAGGCCGGAGGGACCCCUCCGCCAGAAAGCCAUGUUCCAGGCCUCCAUCAACUCCUCCUCCUUGGCGACCACGACUGGAAGUACUACUCGGCGCCACAUAAAAACAUAUUUUUCGGCUUCACGGGUAACCGAACCCCUUAUCCACGGGGACGGGUCAUAGGCGGCUCAUCAGUCAUCAACUCCAUGUUCUACUUGCGAGGCCACAGGAAUGACUACGAUAACUGGGAAGCCCUUGGCAAUCCUGGCUGGGGGUUCAAGGACGUCUUCCCGUACUUCCUCAAGAUGGAGGACUACAGGGGCAAGAUCACCAAGAAAAAUGCUCACCUUCAUGGGUUCGGCGGGCCUCUGACAGUGGAGAACAAGAAGUGGAGAACUCCAAUAGUGCAGGGAUGGCUGAAGGCUGGGAAGCUGUUCGGGUACAAUACAGUGGAUCCCAGCGACCCUAACCUUAUAGGCUUCUCUGUGGUGGACUACACAACGAGGAACAGCAUGCGUUGGUCCACGGCCGAAGCCUACGUCAAGCCCUCAACCUUCAGAUCCAACCUUCAUGUCGUCCUCAAUGCACACGUCACUCAGAUAUUAUUUAACGAGAAGAAGAGAGCAGUAGGAGUCAAAUUCCUGCACAAGGGAAAGGUAAAGUCAGUACACGCCAGGCGGGAGGUGAUCUUGUCUGCUGGCGCCAUCAACUCUCCCCAGAUCCUGAUGCUGUCUGGCGUGGGACCCGCCGACCAGCUUGACCGCCACGGUAUUCCGUUGGUGGCGAACGUUCCGGGCGUUGGCCGAAACCUGAUGGAUCACGCCUACCUCAACGGCAUCUCUUGGACCACCAGGAACGGAUCGUCAUUCAACGUUCUGGACACCGCCAGGCCCGAGGUUCUGAAGGAGUACAUCCAUCGGAGGGACGGACUGCUGACAACGGCCGUCUCCAUCGAGGCUUAUGCGUAUCCGCUGGCGGAAGUUGGAGACCCCAACUGGCCCGAAGUGCAGGUCACCUUCCUACCCUUUACCGUCGGCAACGACUUCGGCAUCCUCUCCUCCCACAUUCUUGGCUUCAGAAAGGACCUCUACCACCAGUACUUCGUCAAUCUGGGUGGGCGGGAAGGGUUCUCCAUCACUCCCUUUCUCGCCAGACCCAAGAGCAGAGGAUCCAUCACCCUCAGGUCCGCCGACCCGUUCGACCCGCCAGUCAUCGACCUCAACUACUUCGACCACCCCGACGACAUGGCAGCGUUUAUCAGAGGUAUAAGGUUCGGUAUUAAAAUUGGAGAGUCACCUCCUCUCAAAGAUGACUUCGAUGCCGUGUUCUACGACCGUGUGCUGCCGGGGUGCGAGCACGAGGUUCUCUACUCUGACAAGUACUGGGAGUGCUACGCCAGGAGUCUCGCGGGGACCAUCUACCACCCUACCGGCACUUGCAAGAUGGGCCCCACCUCAGACCCCUACAGUGUCGUCGACGCCCAGCUCAGGGUCCGGGGCGUGGCGGGCCUGCGUGUGAUAGAUGCCUCCAUCAUGCCAGCAAUUACCACCACUAACACCAAUGCCCCAACCAUCAUGAUCGGAGAGAAGGCCGCCGAUAUGAUCAAGUUGCACUGGGGAGCUCCCAUCAGUACCCCGCUGGGAUAAGAACGACCAGUGAUCGAAGCGCAUCUGAAAGGUUUUAGCUUUAUGUCCUGUGCCGGUGUACUCGUCUUGUGUGUUGUUUUGCUUUCCUGUUGAGGGGUGACUCGUCCAAGCUACGAUGUUUACUACAGUGUUGCAGAUGUUUGUCGCAUGAUUUCCACCGAGGUGCUGUGCAUGGCUGAUAAGUUGAUACAUCUCUGGCAACUCACGUAGGUCUCAAUGAAGUUAGUUGGGCUUUAUUUGAGUCAAUACUUGAAUUAGUCCAGACCUGACCUUAGUCAGUUUAGGUCUAAGUGAGAGUCACCUGAGCAUCAGGUAAGUCAUGUAAUCCUCAUUUGAAUCAGUUUGCCCUCAUCUUAGUUAGGUGGUCAUCAGUUGAGUUACAUACGAAUGAACCGAGUCCGGUGAACCUUAGCUGAGUCCAGCGAGUCUUAGCUGAGGUUGGUGAGUCUCAGUUAGCCCAGAUUCAACAGGUGUCUAUCUGCUAUACAAAACAUCUUUAAUUUGUGGGGCUGGAAGAUUGCGAUCGGUCGAUUAAAUCUCUCCUCUAACUGAACCCGCUCUUAGACUCAUAUGUAUGUUCUAAAAGCCGAAUCCUGUGGAUGAGGUGAGGAAUAAGGAGCAGCAGAUACCUGAGUAAGUUGUGCCGCCAUAGGUAAUCAUUAAAUACCGAGGUGGUGGCGUAGAGGGUCGUAUCACUGCCCUGUUGUCCCAGCGCAACCCGUCCUCUUAAAAAUAACGUCACUUUUCGCUGGUAUGCGCACUAUGGGCAAAUUUGGACGUAAUUUGAAAUAAAAUCGACUCACAAAAGUGACGUACUGUUCCGUUUUCUGUUUGAGUCGUCCGGCUUACUCGGCCCGCUUAGAAAAGGAUUCUUUUCGCGACCCAGGUUCGAGGCGCCAGCUUAAGCUUUCAUUGUUGCGCUGAUCCGGUUUCUCUCGUUUUUUCAAUCAGUGAAGUAAAUUAAAGCCCUGGAAAAAAAUAGCAUAUGAAUAGGGGAAAUUGUAGAAGGGCGGCCUAUUGGCCCAUAGGAGGCAAACUCCUAUUAUGUCUAACCUACGUUUGAAACAAUCCAGGGACUCUUACGUCAAUUAUAUUACUCGUUAAUUUAUUACAGAAAUGUGCAGCCCCAGUCACACUGUAAUAUUUAUCCAGGUCUUUUAUGAAUCUAAUAGAGUUUUCACCUUACGUUUCACUGCCACUGGAUUGCCUCUGUUCCUUGCAGUAAUUGAUGUAACUAGAUGUUAAAACAUUGGCAGAUUGUGUUGUAAAGAAAAUAUAUUUAAUUAUUUAUUUAUUUAUUUAUUUAUUUAUUUAUUUAUUUAUAAGAACGUUAAAUGGGUUAGUUUAGAAUAUUUUAUGUGCAAACGGUACAUGCAUGGUACAAUACAACCCUAUGGUGUUGAAUUGUGCAACCUGUUCUCCAAAGGCACAAACUAUGGUCUUGAAUGUUAUUUGUCCCACAAAACCAUUAACAUGAUGCUAAAUUACCCAUCCCGGUUCCAGUGCCUGGUUAAGGCCUAAUGGCCAACAUGCCAAUAACAACACAGUAAUAGUAAUAAUAAUAAUGAACAAUGAAAUCACAGUACCCAGAAUGUAUCAAUGAUAAUAUCAGUAGGAGCUAUGAGGAGGAUUCGAACUUGCACACUUGGUAUUCUCAUGCACACACGCCUACACCACGAGUUGGUGUAGUUUGACAACCCGUCCUCAGACCAAGUCCAUUCCAUCCAGAGGUCGAC